ACUUUAUCAUCUUUCACCAACAUGAAAUGGAAAAGGAAUGCAAGAAAAAAGUGAACAAAACCAUUCAAUAUAUGUACAAGAAAUCAGGCAGCGCAGAUCUCGAUUUGUCGACAGACGACCAUUGCUCAAGUCUUCCUUACUUUUAUCGUAAACUGGGCUCCUUUCUCUCAAUGAUUUUAAUGUGCAUUAAAUAGUUCAGUACGACCCCUUUCCCCACAUUCCCAACCUAAAAAAAAAAAUAGCAAACUGAAUACCAAAGGUUAGCUUUUUAUCCUCCAUCCUUUUGCUUUAGUUGCAGACUCCAGGUUUCUGUUUACUGUGCAUUUGGCUUUCAGUUACUGUACAAAGGUGUUUGGCGUUUGGGUUCGAAGUUAUAUUUAUUUCCAGCUUUGGACAAAGAUAAAAUUAGGAAUCAACAACUGAAAUUAAGUAGAUGGCUCAGAAGUGUUCCAAGGUGUCUUUUGACUUGUACAAUCUGAAGAUGACGGAGGAUUUAGAUAGUGAGAUGAUUAGUCAAUUGAACAAUGCUUCAAAGCGCCUACUAAGUGUAGCUUCAUUUCUCAGGCAACUGGAGAGGGUUCAUCCUGAGAACUCAAUAUCUGCACAACUAGAGGCACUAUUUGUAAAAGCUCUUGAAGGAUUUCCUGACAAGGAUCAACACGGGAGGUGUUACACCAUGAUCUCAAAGCUGCUGAAAAUAACUAAAGCUUCAGAGGCGUCAAGAUCCACUAGCCAAAUGAUUGCGGAGGUGCUGGAAAUAAUCAAGCUGGAGAAUAUUGCUGAGCAAAUCAAAGCUUCAAAUCCAUCAAGAGCAUCUAUCCCAAUGAUCACUAGGAAGAUGUUGGAUUUUGCCGAUACUUUGCUUGAUUAUCUACAGUAUCGUGACCUUUUCCCGUCUGUGCUUGACAAGAAGCUGAGAUAUUUACGUGUCUUAUUAUCUUCAAUUGCAAAGCUGUGCAUUGAGCAUGAGAGUACGACGAAUCUCUUCAUCCAUGUUGAGGAUGUAGCUUACACUGCAGCGCACCUAUAUUUCUUAGGGCUAGCCUACAAUGUGGAAGAUGGUGAUCGGGCACGUGUGUUAGAUUUUGAAUUCUCUAAAUUGCUGGAAAGGUUAAGUCCUUUUAGGCCUGAACUGAGGCAGCUUUAUCUGAGAGUCUUGAUAGGGUCAAAGUCAUCGCGAUCAGAGAAUACAAUGAACGCUGAAAGUAUGUCUGAUUUUGUUAAUGGUCUCCAAGAGGAUCUGGAGGAGCUGCUAAGCCGCAAUGCCAGCUUGAAAUUUAUCUUUGUUGAUCAAAUUCCGUGCCUCCAACAAGGACUUUCUUCCCUUUCUGGAUUUCUCCACAGCAUAGUAUCAGAAUGCAUUCCACUCGAAGAAUUCAAUUCUCUUCAAUCACAUAUUGAAGCUCUGGCCAUUGAGGCAGCAACAGUGAUCUACUCCUCCUGCUAUGAUGAGGAAAUGGACAUGAAGACUACUGAAAUGGACCAUGCAUCUUUUUUUUUCCAACUGAAGUUCAAUCAUGUCAAGCUAGAAAUCCAUCUGAUUCAGAAGCUAAACGGUGAAGCCAUAUUAGCUCCUCUAUAUGAACUGAUUGACUAUGUUCGGGAAGAGCUAAUAUUAUCGAGAAUUUUUCUCAUGGAUUCAUUGGAGCAGUGCAAAGAGCAUACUAAGAUAACUGAUCUUUUGACUCUUAUUCAAUCUGUGACCAGCCAAGCAUGGUCAGUCAUUAAUUCUUUUUCUCAUGACUCAGACCACGAAGACUUGGCCAUGAAAAUUAGUCCCUUGCAUUUCCAAUUGCUUCUUAAGUUCAAGUUUAUUAAGGCAGCGAUUAGACAAAUGUGUCCCAGCAUUACUGCAUCAUCAACACAGGACCAUCCUACGAUAAAUCUGCUUAACUUUCUUCCUAUUAACUUUGAGGUCAUUGAUUCCUAUUUCAGCAUGCUAAAAUCCUCAAAGACAUCAUCCUCAUAUAUGCCCACGAUUGAUAAGUUUUUGAUGGGAUUUCAUGAAUAUAUUCUUGGCAAUCUACUCCUGAAGGAUGAAACUUAUUUGACAUUUACUGUUGCGAAUGAGGUUAAAAAGUUUUUCCAUGGGUUGCUGCUCCUAGUAACGUAUCUUUUUGAUCCUCUAGUUCAGAGCAUUGGAUGCAUGAAGCAGAAUGAUCUAUUGACAGGAUUCGGAACUAUAGUACUUGUGGCUGAAUCUGCGAUCUGCUUAAUUUAUGAGGAUGCUGUGGAUAGCAACAAAAGUAGGAAGGUCAAUCUUGUUCUUCAAUUUUUGACCAUUGCUUUCAAGCUUAUCGAGUCUGAGGGAAGUUUAAUGGAUCUACGAAAGCACAAAGCUACUCUGAAAGCUGAAAUUUUGGAUCUGAUUGGAAGUGCUCAUGAAGACCUUGUUUUCCUUAGAGCUUUUCUCAUGGAUGUUCUCUCGCAACAUACAGAGCUUAAUGAAUUGCAUGGUCUCUUACUUCAUGCUGAAGCGACUGCCCACAAGUUAGCACAAAUCAGUGGUUCUUGUUGUGAAAGUUUCAUGGAUGGAAGCAGCACUGAGAGGAUGAGGCUUUCGUUAUCCGAUUUGCUUCAAGAGAUCGAGUCUGUCAAGGUAGAGUUCAGAAAAGUAUGCUUUCAACAUCUGGAUUCAUCACCUUGGAAAAUGAAAGAUGGAGAAAGCCUUAUUAAUUUCUUAUUAAACCACCAGGACGGGCUGCUCAACUGUGAUGCUUGUUCAAUCCCCUUUCUGAAGAAUCAGAUCCCAUUGGUCAAAGACAAACUAGUGUAUUUGGGCUCUUUUCUUGCAGAUAUUGUACAGUAUCGAGAUAUGGAUCACAAGCUCAAAGAGCUCCUGAAACAUGUUCAAGAUAGAAAGUAUGUCUGUCUCUUCCCCAUCAGUGAUUAUAGACCUGCUUGGUAUUACAUGUUAUAUCUCUCUGAUGUCAAGCAAUUGCUCAAGUUUGUUGAGGCAGAGGUCAAAAUGAUUUGUCUCAAAGUCCCAGAUUCAUCAAAUUAUAGCUUCCCCAGGACAAAUGGAUUAGGAUUUCUCAAUUGUUUCUUAGGCAAAUUGGAGGAGCUGUUAGGUUCUAAGAACAAUUUAAUUAUCGACCUAAAGCUUCAGAUUGGAUCAGUCAAGGAGGGCUUAUUGUGUCUAAGAUCGUUGACCGAUCAUUUUGCAGAAAGCGACUAUGAGCAUGAUGAAGUUUAUACUAGUGUUACUGAAAUGGCAUACAAGGCAGAGUAUGUCACUGACUUGUGCUUGACUUGUUCUCAUCCACUCUGGUACAAAGUUCUUUGGAUUUCUGAAGUUGUUCAGAAUAUUAAGCUUGUAAAUGAUGUUGUUAGUGAGACUUGUGAAAGAAAGAAGAUUGACGAGACAGUGCCGGAAGUUGCAAAGAUCUCCACUAGUCUGUUGCCAGAUUUAACCACUAAUACUCCAAGAGCAAAUGAAGAAAUGGAAGGAUUUCAGGAUGCGAAGAACAUACUAAAGGAUCAGCUAGUGAAAGGAUCACCUCAUCUAGACGUUAUCUCAUUGGUCGGCAUGCCUGGAAUCGGUAAGACUACUAUUGCCGAGAAGAUUUAUAAUGAUCCAAUAGUCACCUCCCACUUUGAUGUACGUGCGCAGUGUCGUGUGACUCAAGUAUAUUCAUGGAGAGAUUUGUUGCUAACCAUUUUGAAUGGUGUGCUUGAACCUGCUGAUCGUAAUGAAAAAGAAGAUGGUGAAUUAGCUGUUGAGCUGCGUCGAUUCUUGUUGACCAAGAGAUUCUUAGUUCUCAUUGAUGACGUGUGGGACAAUGAAGUGUGGGACAAUUUACAUAUGUGCUUCAAAGGUGCUCGUAACAGGAGUAGAGUUAUUCUAACAACCCGGCUGAGCAACAUUGCAAUUUAUGCUAAAUGCGAAAGUGAACCCUAUCAUCUUCGUCUAUUCAGUGAUGAUGAGAGCUGGACAUUAUUAAAGAAAGAGGUAUUUCAAGAGGAGAGCUGUCCACCUGAACUUGUUGAUGUGGGGUUUCGAAUAGCAAAAUGUUGUGGAGGGUUGCCUCUCUUCAUUGUAUUAGUUGCUGGUGUUCUGAAAGACAAAAGGAAGAAAGCAGAAUUGUGGAAAGUAAUAGAAGAAAGUCUAGGUUCACAGAAUAUUGGUAGCUUGGAAGAGACCAUGUCUGUGAUUGGAUUCAGUUACAAGAAUUUACCACACCAUUUGAAACCUUGUUUUCUGUAUUUUGGAGGCUUUUUGAAGGGCAAGGAUAUUCAUGUCUCAAAAUUGACAAGGUUUUGGGUAGCUGAGGAGUUUGUACAGGCAAAUAUGGAAGAAGGUCCAGAAGAUGUUGCGCAAGGUUUCUUGGAAGAUCUUAUUAGUAGAAAUUUAGUGAUGGACGUGGAGAAGAGACCCAAUGGCAAGCUGAAAAUGUGUCGCAUUCAUGAUCUGUUGCAUAAAUUCUGCUUGGAAAAGGCCAAACAAGAGAAUUUCUUUCUCCGUAUUAAUAGAUUCAGUGGAGAGGAUACAUUUCCCGAAAAGCCUAAGGAAUAUCGGUUGUUUGUUCACUCUUAUGAGGAUCAGGUUGAUCUGUGGCAGCCAUCUCAUUCAAACGUUCGCUCUUUACUAUUCAAUGUGAUUGACCCAGGUAACUUUUUAUGGCCGCGUGAUAUCUCCUUCAUCUUUAACAGCUUCAAACUUGUUAAAGUGUUGAAUUUGGAAUCCUUCAACAUUGGUGGUACUUUUCCCAGUGAGAUACAAUCUUUAAUUCAUUUGAGGUACUUUGCUGCUCAAACUGAUGGAAACUCAAUUCCUUCAUCUAUAUCUAAGCUUUGGAAUCUUGAAACUUUUGUGGUUAAAGGAUUGGGAGUAGAGGUGAUAUUACCUAGUUCACUUCUGAAGAUGGUUAAAUUGAGGCAUAUACAUGUAAAAGAUCGUGCUUCAUUUAGUUUAUAUGAGAACAUGGGUGAAUCACUUGCUGACUCACAAUUAGAUAAUCUGGAAACCUUUUCCACUCCACAUCUCUUUUAUGGUGAAGAUACAGAGAUGAUAUUGAGAAAGAUGCCAAAAUUGAGAAAGCUGAGUUGCAUAUUUUCGGGAACAUUUGGUUAUUCCAAGAUAGUAACAGGAAAGUGUGUUCUUUUUCCUAGAUUGGAGUUCCUAAGUCACCUUGAAUCCCUCAAGCUUGUUUCCAACAGUUGUCCAGCUAAACUUCCACAUGUCUUCAGUUUCCCCUCAAGACUAAGGGAAUUGACUCUGUCAAAGUUUCGUCUACCUUGGAACCAAAUCUCGACCAUUGCAGAACUGCCUAACUUGGAGAUCCUGAAGUUAUUUCUCAGAGCAUUUGAAGGGGAUGAAUGGGAAGUGAAAGAUUCAGAGUUCCCUGAACUCAAAUACUUAGAAUUGGACGACCUCAAUAUUACACAGUGGUCUGUUUCCGAGGAUGCUUUUCCUAUGCUUGAACAUUUUGUUUUGAAAAAAUGUAAGCAGCUUAAAGAAAUCCCCUCUCAAUUUGAUUACGCUAUAUCUCUAAGAAGAAUUGAAGUAAAUUGGUGCAGCUGGUCUGUUGCCAAUUCAGCCAUGGAAAUUCAAAGAACACAGCAGGAAGACUUGUCAAAUGAUGCGUUCACAGUUACAAUACACCCUCCAGAUUGGACUAGAGGGUCGUCUCCUUGACUCUUAUCUGGUUAUCUGCUAUAUCAUUGAAUCUGAGUGCUAAGACUUGUUCAAGGAUUGAUGAGUGCUGCACUAAGUCUGCAGAGUCGAUACACCCUUUAUCUAUCUUGUGAAUUUUCUGGUGGCCUCGGUGGAGGAUAAACUGUGGGAAUCGAGGUUGAGAUGGUUCGGCCACGUAAAGAGGAGAGCCAUAAAUGACCCGAUCAGGAGGUGUGAGAGGUUGACCAUGGGGGAUCUAAGGAAGGCCAGGAAUAGGCUGAAGAAGUAUUGGGGUAAGGUGAUUAGGCAGGAUAUGUAAUUGCUUCAACUUACGGAGGACAUGACCCGUAAUAGAGAACAGUGAAGGUCGAGAAUUGGGAUGGAAGGUUGAUAGGUAGUCGUCUCUUACUCUUUUUGUAUUUUUCUUAUCCCUGGUUCUUUAUAUUAGAUAUUAUACUAUUUCUUCCUAUUAUAUUGUUGUUGCUACUGUUUGUUCUUUAUUUUGGAAUCUUUUUGAACUAUUGGAAAUUUGAAAUGAUUGUUAUUGGUAGCUACCUAAUAAACUGCAGUUUACAUGCAGUAUUUUUUUCUC